UAGGCUUUGGGAGGCAGAGUUGUCCCUGUGGCCGCCAUUAAAGAAAGGAAUCCAUGAAUUCAAAUGGAAACCAGCAGGAACAGAGACCUAAAUAAUGGUUAAAAUAACUACGAAAAUAUAGGCGUACGCCAGAUUUCGAUCGAUUUAAAGGAUGUAUUUCGUUUUUAGAUCGGAGUUGAUGAUGGAGAGAUAGAGGGACGUUUCUAGCAAAGACCGUUUUAAGCUAAGGGGGAGGGGGAGAGUUGCUUCUUUGCUCUCUCCUUUUCUUUUUGUUUUAAGAGCAUUUUUCGCUCCCUUUAAAUUUUUACUUCAAGUACGUUUGAGAGGUCGGCAUUGAGACUGUGAAGACUGCAUUUUAACUGCUUUUAAAUUGUGUCAGACCAUAGCAAUCUAAGGUUGUUGAAUUACUAUCUCCAACCGAUUGUUAAAAAAUUAUUCUCUUUGAUUAGCCUGCUUACAUUUUACAAAACCCAAAACAAAUCGUUCUUUAUUUCCCGGGAACUGAAAUGAUGGAGCGUUCGAUCGCGCUGUGAAAGGAUGAGUUCUUGUUUUGUACCAAACGGGGCCAGCUUGGAGGAUUGCCAUUCCAAUCUAUUCUGUCUGGCUGACCUGACGGGGAUCAAAUGGAAGCGCUUCGUGUGGCAGGGGCCCACGUCGGCGCCCAUCCUGUUCCCGGUGACGGAGGAGGACCCCAUCCUGUGCAGCUUCAGCCGCUGCCUGAAGGGCGACGUGCUGAGCGUGUGGCGGCGGAGCCAGCGGCCGGGCCGCCGCGAGCUCUGGCUCUUCUGGUGGGGCGACGAUCCCAACUUCGCCGACCUCAUCCACCACGAGCUCGCAGCUGAGGAGGACGGGGUGUGGGAGAGCGGCCUGUCGUACGAGUGUCGCACGCUCCUGUUCAAGGCCAUCCACAGCCUGCUGGAGCGCUGCCUGAUGAACCGCGGCUUUGUGCGCAUCGGCAGGUGGUUCGUCAAGCCCUACGAGAAGGACGAGAAGCCCAUCAACAAGAGGUAAGGCCUCUGACCUUC